GGCCUGUCCGCUCCUCGCCGCAUACGUCGCUGCGCCUCGCUGCAUGCCCGCCGGCGUGCGCCUGCUCCUGCCUCGCCCUCCGUAGCGCGACCGCGGCGCAGCCGACCCGUCCCGUGCUGGCGGCGGCCCAGCCUCGCGCCUGACGUCUGCGUCUGACGCCCACCCGCACCGCGCCAGCAUGGCAGCGUCGGGCUCGCGCAGCGUGCGCUUCGCCGAGGACGUCGACGCGGCCAGUGCGCCGCUCUUCUCGCUCGAGUCGCCCGGCUCCAGCCCGCGCCCGUCGUACGAGCAGCCGCGGCCGCCGCCGGGCGCCGCGGCGUCGGGCAGCACGCCGCCGCGCCUGCCGCUGGCGCACGGCCUGCGCUCGACGAUGUCGUCGCGCGAGGCGCAGUUCGACGCUGACUCGGACGAGCUCUCGGACUCGGACGCCGCGGCGGCGGAUCUCGGCGCCAGCCCUGGGCGGGCCGCGCCCAGCAGCGGCGGCAUGCGCACCGGCAUCCCGCUCAUCGACCGCAUCCCUGUGCCUGUGCGCGCGCGCCAGAGCAUGGACGGCCUCAGCGACGGCCUCGAGGGCAUCCGCAACCAGAUCCAGGACAUCGAGCUGCCCGACUGGCUCAAAAAGGGCGCCGGCGUCUGGGACGCCACGGUCAACAUGGCCAACAGCAUCCUCGGCGCAGGUGUUGUGGGUCUGCCGUAUUCUCUGCGGACGUCUGGCUUCGUUGCCGGGCUUGGCCUGCUCGUCGGGCUUGCCAUGCUGACGGACUGGACGAUCCGGCUCAUCGUGCUGAAUGCGAAGCUCAGCGGACGCACGACGUACAUCGACAUCAUGAGCCACUGCUUCGGCGGCAACGGCAAGGCCGCCGUGUCGAUCUUCCAGUUCGCAUUCGCGUUCGGCGGCAUGUGUGCCUUUUGUGUGGUCAUUGGCGACACGAUUCCAAACGUGCUGCGCUGGCUCUUCCCGUCGCUCGUCGGGUCCUUUCUCAGCUCGCGCGGCUUCAUCAUCACGCUGUGCACCCUCUGCAUCUCAUACCCGCUCUCGCUGUACCGCGACAUCGAGAGCCUGAGCAAGGCGAGCGCCAUUGCGCUGUUCAGCAUGGUGCUCAUCAUCGUCGCCGUCAUUGUGCGCGGCCCGGCCAUGCCCCUGGAGCUGCGCGGCGACCCGUCGGAGCGCUUCACCUUCAUCCAUCCGUCGGGCAUCGUGCGGUCCAUCGCGGUCAUCUCCUUUGCCUUUGUCUGCCACCACAAUUCGCUGCUCAUCUAUGGCUCGCUGAAGGAGCCGUCGAUGGACAAGUUCAAGCGCGUGACGAAUUACUCGACCGCCAUCGCUGCGGUCUCGGCCAUCUCGAUGUCCGUCGCCGGCUACUGGUCCUUCACCGACAAGACGCUCGGCAACAUUCUGAACAAUUUCCCCGAGGACGACACGAUGGUGAACCUGGCGCGCUUCCUCUUCGGCGUCAACAUGUUCACCACGUUCCCGCUCGAGGCGUUCGUCGCGCGCGAGGUCAUCGAGGAGUACUUCUUCGCCGGCGAGUUUGACCAGACGCGGCAUCUCAUCUUCACCACCUCGCUCGUGCUCUCGAGUCUGAUCGUCAGUCUCUCGACGUGCGACCUCGGCAUCGUGCUGGAGCUCACGGGCGGCCUGAGCGCCACAGCGCUGGCCUUCAUCUUCCCGUCGAUCUGCUUCCUCAAGCUGGCGUCGGACAGCAGUGCCAGCGCCGGCGCGGAGCGCAAUGUGCCAGAGCUGACGAGCGCGAGCUCGCGGUCCCGCCGUGUCGGCCGUGGCAGCGAGGACGCCGACGACGAGUCCGAUGCGGACCUCAGCGACCUCGAGGGCGAGGCGGGCGGCGGCGGCGACUUCUCCGUCGACGACGUCGAGCUGCCGCUGCGGCCGGGCGCGUCGGUGCGGCAGCGGGCGCCGGGCGGCAAGAGCAAGUGGUGGAUGAGCACCAAGCCGCUGGCAGUCGCGACGGCCAUCUUCGGCUGUGUGGUGCUCGUCAUCAGUGUCGCACAGGCGCUGGGCGACGCCGCAAGCGGGCGCUCGGGCGCCGUGCACCAGUGCUAGACAUAGACGGCCCUCGCAGCCGAGGCGCCCCUCACGAUCUCGGAGCAAUCGCAUAGCUUGCUUAUUUACGCA